AUGGGUAAUGCCUCUGAAGUUGUAGUUGAAGGAUUGUAUUUGUCCACAAUCUCCAAAGAAAGUGACUACAUUUUGGCCUCCAUCUACACCAUCUUUGGUGUCUUGUCUCUGAUAGGGAACAGCAUCCUGAUGUUUGUGGCCUACCGGAAGAAGUCCUCUCUGAAGCCUGCCGAGUUCUUUGUGGUCAGCCUGUCGUUCAGUGACCUGGGCAUGACAUUAACGCUCUUCCCUUUCGCUAUCCCUUCCGCCUUCUACCACAGGUGGUUGUUUCCUAAGCCCCUGUGUAUGGUCUAUGCCUUCUGUGGCGUCUUCUUUGGCCUGUGCAGUCUGACCAACCUGACUGUCCUCUCGUGGGUGUGCUGGCUCAAAAUUUGCUGCCCCAACUAUGGCAGUAAGUUCUCUCCGUGUCAUGCCCGGAUGCUGGUGCUGGGCUCGUGGUGCUACGCGCUGAUCUUCGCCGUGGGGCCGGCGUCCGGCUGGGGCGAGUUCGGCCCGGAGCCCUACGGCACGGCCUGCUGCAUCAACUGGCACCUGCCGCGCACCAACCUGGUGGCCAUGAGCUACAUCAUCUCGCUCUUCCUCUUCUGCUACAUCGUGCCCUGCUCCGUCAUCUUCCUCUCGUACCUCUUCAUCCUGCUGGCGGUGCGCGGAGCGCGGCAGGCCGUCCAGCAGCACGUCUCGCCCCAGAACAAGAUCACCAACGCCCAGACGCUCAUCGUCAAGCUCUCGGUGGCCGUGUGCAUCGGCUUCCUGACGGCGUGGAGCCCGUACGCCAUGGUGUCCAUGUGGGCGGCGUUCGGCAGCACAGAGGAGGUCCCGCCCAUAGCGUUUGCGGUAGCGGCCAUCUUUGCCAAGUCCUCCACGCUCUACAACCCCUUGGUCUACUUGAUCUUCAAGCCCAACUUCCGCAAACUGCUGUGUCGGGACGCCACUCUCUGCUGCCACGUCAUGUGCCACUGUGUGUGCCCGGCCGUGCCCGACCCGACGCAGAAGGACUCGUGCGAGGUGUCGCGGCGUCACCCGGGGCUCAAGGAGGACGGCAACUCCACGCGGCUGUCCAACGGGCUGCACGAGACGCACGUGGCGUGCAGGCACUGUCCCGAGGGCACCAAGGGGCACUGCCUGGACGUCACGCCGCUCAAGACUGCCCGCAUCAUCACCGGCACCACCAACAGCGAGAUGGCCGUGAGUCAGCUCUCCAAUGACCAGAGCGACUUCCUGUAG